AUGACCUCGCUGCACGACAUGGCAGGAGGCGUCUACCCUCCAGGCAUUGAUAAGUCCGUGGAGCAAUUGCGCCUCUUCCACCCUCACAUCUCCAAGUUCACAACCGUCUACGAGGAAUGGCAAGACCAAAUCCUCUCUCGCGAUGCGUACGGGCGACGCCUCACUUCGAAGCCGCACCUAUCCAGCCAACUUCUCCUAGCUACCCUACUCUGGCUAGCCUACCAGCGUAUGGGCGGCACGAGUCUCAUCUACGAGGAGUCGCUGAUCGCCAUCAUCAGGGAGACGGCCGAGCAGCUAUGCACGGUUCCUUCUCUGGCCGACAAAGGCUAUGCCCCGCAGGCUUUCGAGCUGCUCUUUGCUUACUUUCCCCUCGCACUGCGGCGUUCCCCGCGGGAUGAGGCCGGGCUAGCCGGUGAAGCAAGGCGACGCCCCCUUGUGCUCGGCAGCGAGAUGCUCCGCACCGCCUACCGUCUGGCGCCUACAGGGACGGACCCGGACUGUCGGGACUUUUGGUGCACUCUUGCCAGCAUCACCCUCCCGUCAAGCAUAGACAACGUUCCGCGUCAAGUACCGAGCAGCGUGACCCCCUUCCAGGAGCUAGGCUGGGCUUGUAUCAUCAAUCGGACGAAUCUGAUGCGAAGCGCUAUAGAUCAGGAAAAGGAGGCCAAAUUUCUCAACGACGACCAUGCUGAUCAGCCGGAGCGAUUCGCCCGCAACUUGCAGGAGUGUUUUGAGACGUUCAAGGAUCGGGUGUGGGAUCUGCAAGGGGACCUGACCGACGAGCUCGAGGCGGCGCAGUUAGAUUGGAGGGAUGGCGCUCCACCGUCGGGGGAGGUGAAGCGCAUGUUACACGCCCAAUUCGAGCAGCUCUGUCUGUGCGUGAGCGUUAACUUCGCGACGUACGUGGGCUGUCUAGCUCUGCGGGCCGCGGGCUCCUGGCGUGGGAGGAUGACGGCGGGGACUUUUAGUCGGGAAAGGGCACGUCGAGUCAUCGCGGUGGAUGAUGAAGCGCUCAGUUGGGUCAAGGAGCUUCUCGCCACCCUUUCGUCCCACAUCGACCAAUGGGUGUCACGAGCCCUCACCCUCUCCAACCUCCUCACGGACUGCGCAAAUCUGCAAUGGUGCAUCCCCAAGGUAGAGCGAGCCUUGAUGCUCUCAUCCCUCACCAGACUCACCUUGCAGCGCGUCGGAGGGUUGAUCCUCUUUGCCUCGGAAUCGGACCCGCACUCGGACAGCUCGCAAAGCGCAGAGGAGACGCGCGCGUUUCUCGACUCGCUCGUCAUCCUCCUCGAGUCGGCCGCAAAUGCCACACUCAAAGGCGCGGAGAUUGUUGGCGGGGAUUUUGCGCAGCAGCAAAGGGAGGAGUGGAUCGAGUGGGCGAUUAAGGAGGGGGACGUCCUCGUUACCGCGGGCGUGAUGGCGCUGCGUGGUGUCGAGGUGUUGAAGGGGUGGAGAGCGAAGAUGUAUGAUGCGAGGUGGGGCGAAGGGAGUGGGGAGGGGCUGGAGAAGUGGUGCAGGUUGGACGGGUUUGAGGAGGGGGAGGUGCUGCGUUUGCUUACUGGUGGGGAGGGAGGUGCCGGGGCCGCUGCGAUUGGGAAGGAGGAGCUGAAAGACUUGCUUUUCUUGGCGGCGCAGGGAGGCGUGGAGGCCGAAUGA